AUGGAGACUGAGAACACUGGGCUGCACACUGACAUCUUCAAACCUUUUCUGCUCGAAGGUUCAGUUUCCACAUCUCCAUGGGAGACCGUGAAAGCCGUGUCCAUCCUGCGGGUCACUGGUGCAGCCCACUCUUUCAUUCGGGAGAACAUCCUGAAUUUAUCGGAAAGGACCUAUACUGGUUCAGAUGUUUUAAUUUGCAGAAUUGAACUGGGUUGUGUCGUGAAGCGGGCAGUGGCUAGUCAAAAAGACCAACCAGAAGCUGCGGAGAGGGCGGAGAAGUUUCGUCAGAAAUAUUGUCACAAACUCCAGACUCUUCGGCACCAGCCUUUUGCUUAUGGAUCCCUCACCGUCAGAAGUCUUUUAGACACAAGAGAACACUGUUUAAACGAGUUCAACUUUCCUGACCCCUACUCUAAGAUCAAGCAGAAGGAGAAUGACAUGGCUCUGAAAUAUUAUCUAAAAGUGGUGAAAUCAGUAGAAGAGCUGAGCUGGGAGCAGAGACAGUUUACUUUGGUCAAAGGCCUACUGGCUGGCAAUGUAUUUGACUGGGGAGCCAAAGCAGUGUCAGAUGUGCUUGAAACAGAUCCAGAGUUUGGGUUUGAGCAAGCAAAACAACAACUGCAAGAGAGGCCAUGGCUUGUGGAUGCCUACAGCCAGUGGAUUGAGAGAAUGAAGGGUCCUCCUCAUAAAUGUGCAUUGUUUUUCGUAGAUAAUAGUGGAAUAGACAUUAUUCUUGGGGUUUUCCCUUUCAUUAGAGAGCUCCUCAUCAGAGGCACAGAGGUUGUGCUUGCCAGCAACUCAGGUCCCGCCCUGAAUGAUGUCACUAAUAGUGAGCUGCAGAUCCUAACAGAGAGAAUUGCUGCCAUGGACCCUGUCAUUCAGAGUGCACUCAAAGAGGAUCGGCUUGCUUUGGUGCAGAAUGGUUCUAGUUCUCCUUGUUUAGACCUGAGUCGGCUUGACAAAGUCCUGGCCACAGUUGUCAGGGAGCGUGGCACAGAUCUGGUGAUCAUCGAAGGUAUGGGUCGAGCCAUCCACACAAACUACUAUGCCAUGCUCAGCUGUGAGAGCCUUAAACUAGCCGUCAUCAAGAACUCCUGGCUGGCUGAGCGUCUUGGAGGCAAGAUCUUCAGUGUAGUCUUCAAAUACGAGGUCCCUUCAAAAUCCCAAGGACAACAUUAAAGAAUGUGCUGAGUAUGCAGGGAGCAGAGUCUGCAGUGCCUGCUUCAGAUAUUGCAUCAUUAUAAUGCAAUGCAUUUGUCCUCAAGUCUGAUGCAGCCCUCACUUUCUACCAUCUGUGGAAAUCUAUGUAAUCUAAAAUCCAUUUCAGGGUUCUACAGUCCAGCAUUGCCUCACUGUUUCUUCUCUUUUCAGCUGGGAGAGAGACAGACAGUUGUGUGUGUAUGCAUAAGACAAUAUAUAUUUUCAUGGUGUUUAAGACAAUGUAUAACAAUCAUCAAUUUGUGGGCACUGGACAGUAAAGCACAGUAUUUUAGGCCAAUGGUAAUGGAGUGAGAAACACAUUGAUUGCUUUUUCAUUCUGAUUGGUUGGUUUUUCAUUUGUGCCAUGAUUCUGUGAUGAUUCUGAAUUGGUGGUGUAGAAUAUGACACAUUUAAUAAGUCAUCAGUCAGAUGGUAAAUAAAUAAAACUGUACUAUUUUAUCAUUUGGCCAAAGGCAGGUUGAAUUUACUAAUGCUUUAAGUUUGUUUUCCUUAAAUAUUGUAAAAUCAAAUGUAAAUAUAACAGAAAUCUGUUCAUUAAAGGUACAAUUUCUUUGCAAAUAUUGACACUCAAGAUUUUAGAAAAAAAAAAGGCUUGACAAUCACAUAAUUCUGUCAAAUAUAUUUUACACUGUCCUAAUUCAA